AUGUUAGGAACGUGGCGCUACUAUGGCAUCUAUAAUGAGAGAGAUGUACAUGUGGUAUCCCCUAAACUAGGCCUUCCUGAGGCAUGUAUGCUUACUAUAGCGCCAUGUAUGGCGUACAGGAUGAUAAGAGACUUUAGUCGUCUUAAACCAGGUGAUACAAUUAUUCAAAAUGCUGCAAAUAGUCCCUGUGGACAAAGUGUCAUUCAGCUUUGUAAGGCAUGGGGUUUGCAAACUAUUAACAUUGUUGCAAAUCAUUGUGGAUAUGAUGCAGUUAAGAAAAAUUUAAUGAGUCUAGGAGCGACUGCCGUUUACACCAUUGAUGAAGCAGAGAAUAUCUCAACUUUCAAUACUUCUUUGACGAGGCCCGUUUUAGCCUUCAAUUGUUUGGGGGGAAGAUUUGAAGAUAUCAUGCUAAAGCUAUUGGAGCGCGGUGGAACAAUCGUUUACUAUGGAUGUGCUUACGAUUUUCCUAUGGUGAAAUCGUGUUUACGGCCUGAUGUUAGUUUUAACGUGUUUCACUUAGCUGAUUGGAAUGCUCGGGCUACUCCCAUAGAAAUUGAUAUCAUGAUGAAUAACAUUGUGAAUUUAAUGGUGACUGGAGAGUUCAAAGCGCCGAUUUAUCAGCCAGUAGAGUUGAAACAUUUUGUACACGCCUUGAGACAUACUGUGCACUGUGAAGCAUUUUCAACUGUUAAUUAUGUUUUUGAUUUUACAAUGCCAUAA